AUGGCGGCGGCCGCGCGCAGGGACCGGACUGAGGGCACUGUGACCUUUGAGGAUGUGGCCGUGUACUUCUCCAGGGAGGAAUGGGGUCUCCUUGAGGAGGCUCAGAGACGCCUGUACCAGGAUGUGAUGCUGGAGAACUUGGCACUUGUAACCUCCCUGGGUUGUCAGCAUGGAGCAGAGAAUGAGGAGGCACCUUCUGAGCAGAGUGUUUCUGUAGAAGGAGUGCCACAUGUCAGGACUCCCAAGGCAGGUCUUUCUCCCCAGAAGGCCAGCCCCUGUGAGGUGUGUGCUCCAGUCUUGAAAGACAGUUUCCAGUUGGCUGAGCACCAGGAAACCCAGUUCGAUGAGAAAGUGUACACUGGUGGGACACAUGGGAAAAGAGUCUAUUUCAGCGGAAACCUUCGGCAGCAGCAGAAGGAGCACACUGGAGAUCAGCCCUUCAGAAGCAGCGCGAGUGGAGCUUCGGUGGCAAAGAGCUGCAGACGGCAUGUGUCAGGGAAGCCCUUCAUCUGUGCGGAGACUGAGAGGGACUUCCUGGUCAGCUCGGGAUUCCUCCAGCAACAGGCCACACACACUGGGGAGAAGUCAAACAAUGGAACUGAGUGUGGGGCAGCCUUCCACAAGGGAAAAACUCAACACCACUGGGGAGACUGCACAGAAGCUCUCAGCAACCAACACACAUUUGUUCAUCACCAGAGAGUCCUCCCCGGGGAAAGAUGUUACAUGUGCAGUGAGUGUGGGAAAUCUUUUAGCCAUAACUCUAGCCUCAUUAAACACCAGAGAGUUCACACCGGAGAAAGGCCUUAUGCGUGUGGGGAAUGUGGGAAAUCCUUUAGCCAAAGCUCCAACCUCUUUCAACAUCGGAGAGUUCACACUGGAGAAAGGCCGUAUGAGUGCAGUGAAUGUGGGAAAUCUUUUAGCCAAAGUUACAGCCUGAAUAACCAUCGGAAAGUUCAUACCGGAGAAAGGCCUUUUGAGUGUGGAGAAUGUGGCAAAUCAUUUAGUCAAAGAUCCAACCUCAUUCAGCAUCGGAGAAUUCACACUGGAGAAAAGCCUUAUGAGUGCAGUGAAUGUGGGAAGUCUUUUAAUCAAAGCUCUGCACUCCUGCAACACCAUACUGUUCACACUGGAGAAAGACCCUAUGAGUGCAGUGAAUGUGGGAAAUCCUUUACCUACAGUUCCAGUCUCUUAAAACACCAGAAGGUCCACACUGGAUCAAAGCCUUAUGAGUGUAGUGAAUGUAGGAAAUCUUUUAGCCAAAAUUGCAGCCUUGUUCUACAUCUGAGAGUUCACACUGGAGAAAGGCCUUAUGAGUGCAGCAAAUGUGGGAAAUCUUUUAGCCAAAGCUCUGCGCUCCUUAAACACCAGAGAGUUCACACUGGAGAAAGGCCAUAUGAGUGCCGUGAAUGUGGGAAGUCCUUUAGGCGAAGCUCCAACUUCAGUGACCAUCGAAGGGUUCACACUGGAGAAAGGCCAUAUAAGUGCAACCAGUGUGAGAAAUCCUUUAGUAAAAGCUCUGGCCUCACUCGACACCAGAGAGUUCAUACUGGAUUGGGCCUUAUGAGUGUCUUGAAUGAGAAAGCCAUUAGCCAAAGGCCUUACCUCAUUGAUUACCACAAAGUGCACAUGGCAAAAACAACUUAG